AUGAAGGUCAGCGUCUGGCUCUACGCUGUGAUCGGGCUCGCAGACGCCUCAGCUUUGCGUCCACGAGAGAACGCGGCGGUCCCCAGCCCUCAUGCAUCAGCAUGGAGGCCCAAGAGCAAAGACCCUCAGUUUUUCAACCUCAGGGUCGAUGACAAAUGCUCAGAAGGUGAGGCCGCAAGCGCGUGCCCCUUCGCCGGAUAUGCGAUCAGAUUGCAGGGUGGCAAUGCUAUCGCGACACCUUACAACAAAUGGUGGGACCCGAAGCUUCCCAUGUUGUUCGUCGACGAUGAUACCAAGUGCUACACAGUCAGCAAGAAACCUCUGCAACUUUACGUCAACACCGUCGAUGGCUCCUUGCGGUAUGCUCCUGUUGGUUGGCUACCUGCCAACUCGGUCGCGAUCAGCUUCUACAAAACGGGCGACAACCCAGAAGGACUAGUUGACCCAAGCCCUGCUUACUUUUCCUGGCCGUCAACCGAGGGCCGCACCAAUCAAUUCUUUGCUGGUAGCUGGUGGCUCUGUCCCAUGAGUGGUACCGGUCAGUACAAGGUCUACAUCAGCGACUACAACUUUGGCGACGCUGCGCCAGGCGGUGAGACGAAGGAGGGUUGCACGAGGAAGAGCCUUGCCGCUGUCAACGCCGAUCCCUGGGGUUGA